AUAUAUUGUCUAAUGCAAUUAAAACUGAAAGGAAGUGCUUCUCGUAGCGAUGUUCCUGAACACAGCCGCCUCCAAAAUCCUUCAAAAAGGCCGCCAAAAAUCUCCGUUUGCUUUCAUUCAGAAGUUCGGCUAUGUCGAUGUUUACAUGAAGUGGAAGAAAGAUUCAUACUACGAUUCCAUUGAGCAUAUCACCAAAUCCAUUGAACUCAAAUCCAUUAUCUCUCUCAAAAAUUGCAUCGCUCAAGACCCAAAUGGGUGUAUCCCAAUUUCCGCCGUUUCAAAGCGAGGCCUCGAAAUGGGCGUCUCGAUGAAAGUUGCAAGGUUUCUUAGGCUUUACCCAUCAAUUUUUGAAGAGUUUACAGGUCCGGAAUACAAUCAUCCCUGGUUCAGGUUAACACCAAAAGCAGUUGAGAUUGAUGCUGAAGAAAAAAAGACUUAUCAAAACUGCAGGGAGGAUUUGAUUUGUAGGUUGAAGAAGUUCAUAUUGAUGAGUAAGAACAACGUUCUGCCUUUGAAGAUUAUUCGAGGUAUGCAAUGGUAUUUAGGGAUUCCUGAUGAUCUUUUGCAAAAACCAGACGUUAAUCUUGAUGGGUCUUUUAAGUUAGUGAAGAUGGAAGAUGGGUUAGAGGGAUUAUCCGUGGAAUGUGAGGAGAAACUCAUGUCUGUCAUACAGAAAAACGCCAUUAAAAGAGGGGUUUAUUCUGGUAGAACAAUGGAGUCACUUGAAUUCCCACUCUUCCCUUCAAAGGGUUUAAGGCUGAGGAGGAAGAUUGAGGAUUGGUUAAAGGAGUUUCAAAAGCUUCCUUAUGUAUCUCCUUAUGAAGAAUUUUCCCAUUUAGAUCCAAAUAGUGAUAUAGCAGAGAAAAGAUUGGUGGGAUUUAUCCAUGAAAUGCUUAGUUUGUUUGUUGAGCAUUCAACAGAAAGGAAGAAGCUUCUAUGUCUUAAAAAGUAUAUGGGUUUGCCUCAGAAAUUCCAUAAGGCAUUUGAGAGACAUCCUCACAUGUUUUACUUGUCUCUGAAGAACAAAACUUGUACUGCCAUUCUUAAGGAGGCUUACUGUGACAAGUCUUCUAUUGAGAGACACCCCAUAUUGAGAAUCAGACGAAAGUACAUCCAUCUGAUGAAGGAAUCUGCAGUGAUUUUGAAGAAUAGGAGGUUUAGUAAUCAUCUUGUUCAUGGAGAAAACUCGGUGUUGGAUUUUGAUUUGGAUACUGCUGAUGGAAGAGAAAUUCCCAAGUGUUAAUGGUUGAUUGCCUUUAGGUAUUCCUUCUCUUUAAUCCUUCACUUCCUUGGACAAGUUUACAGAAUCAAAGUUCAUUGUGCUUACUGCUUGUCUCUCUACUCUCUUGUGGCGUUACUUUUAACCCUCUUCUACAUGAUCCAGACUUCUUGUUUCAGUAAGAAGAUCCAUACAGUGGAUUUUCGAUCAUCUAAGUUACAAUUAAAUCGAAUACAACAGACAGGUGAAGCUGGAGCCUGGCGGUUAGACAAAUGCUUAGUUUCUUGAAUUUUCAAAUGAGCUGAAAGAUCACUCUUUAAGACAUUUUCUGCACUGCACUGCACAACCUGAAGAAAAUGAAAGGGAAUUCUUUUGGAUGAAGGCAGCAGGAUACUGACUUGCUGCAAAUGCGCAAAACUGCUCUAAGAAGGGAACGAAGAAGAAGUCGAAGACUGUCCAAUUCUCCUUUCUGCAAAGAAAGAACAAGUGUAGCAUGAUGAUGAGUUGCAGCCACACUAUGAAAGAAAUCCAAAGUUAUUAGUAUAGGGAAGAAUGGCUUACCUCCAGUUGUGAUGAGCUUUUCAACUCGAGAUACAAUAUGUUUACCAUAUGUAUACCUCUUGAGGGAAUUCAAGUGAACUCUGAUUCGAGAGAGAAUCAACUCAAGACUAUGGUCAUCACAUGACUCCAGAACUUUUUGGACAACGUAGUUCCCAAAUGGAUCCUUCAUCAUUGCCUGUAACAUUUCAUUUUUUUCAGAGUAAAUUAUCUGUAUCCUAAAAGAUUUCCCCACUGAAUUGGUAUAAACGUUGUAUACAUGAAAGUUACUGUUAGCCAUCUUAACAUUCCAAUUUCCCCACUACAUAAUAUCAUUUCCAAUUUAGUGGAAAAAA